UUAAUUAAAUCGUUGUAAUUAUUUUUCUGUAAAUUGGAUUAUAGCUUGCUUUUUUAAUGGAAUUUUCAGUAAAUAUAUACUUAAUUUCGCAUUGUAGGUUAUAUUAUAGGUUAGAGACGAUCGAAAAUGGGUAAUGAAACAAAAUAUAUCACAGUAUAAAUUUAAUAAUAAAUUACAAGGCUGAUGUGAACCAACUUAUGACGAACAGUUCUUCUUCAACACAUGUAUCCACAGUAAUUAAUGAUCUUCACCAGUUUAUUAACGUUAUUAUUGACAAUUAGUCGUAUAUAACGCAAUAUGAAUCGUCACUCUAAAUUUGAAGGAUAUGUGAAGAGUAUGAUGGAUAGAAUGGCACAAACGAUUACAAAAGCUCAAUCAACAAGCAAUUAUAGAAGCAUCCACAAUGCAAGACGAAAAUGUUAAGGAAACAUUACUUUCAUUUGGAAAGGUACCUAUUUUGGUUCACGAGGCAAUACUAAUAAACAUUUGGAAAAACAAAGUGCUUCCACUUCUUCUCAAGCUGAACCCAAACACUAAUUCAACUUUUAUAGUUUAUUCAAUAUUAUAUCACGAAGCAGUUUGUGUAGCACUUUUGGAAUUGGUAAUGUUCCAUGGACCCGUGUCUGAAUCACUAGAUGAAGUGGGUGCAGAUUUAUUAGAUUAUGCUAGCAUUUCUGCAAGUCAACUAUUGGUUGUUAAAAAAUCACCGGUCAAUUUACAAGAAAAGGGUAAAAAAGAAAUAAAUCGACAAAAAAAUGACUUGGCUUUCGAAAUCGGGAUGAGGUGCUUGACGAUUAUCAGAUACAUGGCAGAAUAUUUAGAGAGGCUACCACUAAGUGUUUGCACUGGUAUGUAUCAAGAAAACGAUGUACCUGUUUUACUCGUUCAAAUACUAUUAGAGAGACCUUGGAUUGAUCAAGGGAAGAGCUUUUGUGGAGGUCGAUGGUAUGACUGGGACGGGGAAGCACUGAAUAAAAUCGAAGCGCAAGUUUGGCUAACUUUACAUGCACUCUUAUUAAACCCUCUCGUUUCAACGCAUUACUUUUUGACUGAAUCCCGAAAAACGCAAUUAUUAAAGGUACUUCCCCUUCUUACUGAAACGCUUAUUGAUCAAUUGGCACUUUUACAAGAACUUAAAUACCACCUAUGUUCCCUUUCAAUUGACCAACAUCCGGCAUCUCAACCCAAAUCGCUUAUAAUAGAAAACAUUUUAAAAAUUAAAAACGGGAUUCUUAAGGAAAAUGAAAAAAAAUGGAAAGCAAUAGCGAGACAGCAAAUGGGUACUGUUUUUUGCUCUGACAAAAAAGAAUUAUUAGAAAUUGCCCAGACAUUAAAUGAAGCCUAUAAUACAACUUUACUGGAAGCUUUUGAAAAUCAAGAUACAGGUAAUAAAUGUGCUAAGUGUGACAAUAAAGCAAUUCAAAGGUGUUCUCGCUGUAAGAAGCAAUGGUACUGUUCAAGAAGGUGCCAAGUAGAACAUUGGACUCAACACAAAGAUGAAUGUAAUGCUGAAUAAACCGAAAAUACAUGCUGCAGUCUAUUGGAAUGGCAGAUGUUGCUUUCUUAGUUUUUAAUAAUUUGAAAAUGUUAAUUACAUUACAGACACUCUAACAAGAGAAUCUAUAUCAUCUUUAUCUUUUUUAAAAAAUUAAUUUUGAUAUCCCCAGA